CCCUACCUCUCUCGCCGGGCCAUCCUUCUCUCCCUGUACACUACGCCUUCCUGGAGAUGGCAUCAUAUUCCACGGUAUCACAGUCACCGUCAUCAUCGUCUCGGUCACCGCCUCCUCUGCCUAGCGUUCCCCUGACCGUGCAACCUCCGUCGCCCGAUGAGUCGAUCACCUCUCCUCCCGCUGGACCGCUGCCACCGAUGGCCUCUGACGCUCCAGCCAUGGCUUCUCCCAGCCAACCGCUGGCCCGGCGUCCAAUGAACAGAUCUAUCAGCAUACCAUUGGCUGAGCGGAUGGGAGCGCUCCGCCAUCCGCGGCCUCGAAUGAUCGCCAAAACAUCAGAGCCAGACUUUACUGCCGUCGGAGGCAGUAGAAGCAGUAGUCCACCAACUCCUCGCUCCCCGAAUCGUCGCAAUACGAAAUCGUCCCUCUCGGCCUCUUCCUCCAAUCUACUGGCAUCAGAAUCGUCAUCUUCCGCCUUGGCGCACCUCGUCCUUGAUACACUUCAGUUGCCGAUUUCUCACUUGCUCCAUAUCAUCCCACCUCAUCUACUCGAUGCAAGCCACGAAACACUCAGCCCGACCAGUCUUUCCAUGCCAGUGACGAGUGUAGAGGCAGUCAUGGAAGCGUUCCGAAGCAUCAAUUGGAUCUGUGAUGCCUUCAUAGAGCAGGAGCUGGCCAGCAGCGGCAAGGCGUCGUCGUCCGCUGAGACCUUAGAGGACAUAGUCCCGAACUCAGACGUAGAUGGCGGUCCGUCUUCCCGGGAGACUAUCACGAGUUUGGGACCCUUAAAGCCACUCUCACAAAGGAGCUCCAGCGAAGCAGCUCGUGCUUCCACUUCGUCCACUCAGCAAAGCGAGGGCUCUCCGACUGCCGCCAGCUCUUCAGCCUCGCCGGCGCCUGCAUCUUUCGAUCUCUCGGAGCUGGUACAAAGAGCAGCGGACGUUGUCUCAGGUCAAGCUGCAGACAAAGCCAUUGAUCUCGUCAUUUCUUUGGAAGGUUUCAUAGACGAACAUGACGAUUCUCAUAGCGUCUGUACAUCAGCCAUUGGCGAUGAAGGGGCAGUCAAGUGCGUCUUGAUACAUACCCUCUCUCGUAUGCUUGCUGUCGUCCCUCCGCAUUCAACGCUGACUGUGGGACUCAACAGAUUUGACGACACCAAAGGAAAAAGCAAGCAGGGCCUCGAGAUCACGCCAUGUUCAUUAGAAUUGCGUCUCACUUCCAACGGGCGCGACGUAUCGGGGGUUCAUGAACUGCUAGAACGCUGCCUAGACGACUCGGUACUGAAUAUCGCACAAGCUCAGUCGCAGUGGACUCAUUCAGAGGAGCCACCCGUGACCUCGAUCGUUGAACUAAAGUUCCAGGAGCUAGGCAUCUGCAGUCCAGACCUUGCGGCUUCUGCAGUGCCAAGUACAAUCGAACAUGAGGAUCGACAAAGAUUCCUGCCUCGUCUCGCUCUCGGAGAAGAGCCCACUGCACAGGAGCUGUCAGGAUUCGUCAAAGAUGAGCUCAAAGGCAAGACAGUCGCGCUUCACGCCUCAGACAGCUCCGUCUUUGCACAGCAUCUUGCCCAACUACUGCAAGACUGUGGCUGUCAUGUCUCAUCAGGAUCUGUUGCUCCGACAGGCUCAAGCAUGCCCUCGACACCCAUCUUCGGUGCUGGCGACAAGCACCAUCUUCCUGCUGCAAGGACUGCUAUCGCUAUCACAGAGGGUCGUCCGGCCUUCAUACGCUAUUCUACCAGCUUAGCAUUGGCGGGCGACUGCAGCAGUAGUAACGCGACCGCAGGGCCAGCUGGGCCUUCUUCAAGUAUGUCGGGCACAGCAAUUUUAGACCCAGUGACAGGGGUGCCUCUCACCCUGCCAAGGGAAGAGGAAAGCGAGCAAGGUGAAGACCACAAAAGCUCGCGGUCUGUCACAGGUAUGGAGAGAGAUUCGUCUUCCGACACCAUCAAGAGUGGUAUGACCUCAGAAAAGCUUGAGGCCUACUCUUUUGUCAUGGUAGAUGACGACAUAGAGACGCUGCAGAGAGAGCUAUUGCGUCUGCGCUCUGCGUUGCCACUCCUUCGAGGCGCUCUGGGCCAGGGUACACCUUCGGCCCAGCACCUCCAUCGUAGCGCAAAGGAUGGCUUCCCUCUGCGCCCUGGAAACACAGAUCAGAGCCAUGCCUCGAAGCCGCCCCUUGAGCUCACUCAUGCUAUUGUCUACUUCACAUCGCUCAAGAACUUCAGGUCAAUCCGAGACGUGCUUCAACCGAUCAUGGAAUCCGCCAUCCAGGCCCUUGGUGAAGGACAAGCAUAUACAUUGCCAGAGAUCCUAGUCGUUCCCAAGCCUGCCGGCCCUCGACGCAUUCUGACUGCUCUGAAGACUGCUAUGCAUAAGCCUAUCGUCGACCCGUUCUUUGCGCCCAUCGCAACAAGCCCGAUGUCUCCCUAUCUUUGGGAGGCCAAGAUUGGGAAGAGAGAAGGAUCUGAUCAGCGUGACGUCACUUCACCAGAAGCAGACCUCAGCAGUAUAACAUCGUCACUCACCGUUCCAGACUCUGCUUCUCGAAGGUCUGCAAAGAGAAAGGACGGGUCUCUCAAAUUAUCGAAUCUGCCUAGACCCGAUCCCAAAACAGUACUCGGAGUGGAUGCGGUAGCGGCGCACGAAACCAAAUCGAAUUCCCCGAGCUCAACGAAGACGACGACAGAGAUUCGGCCGUCUCUACUUCCCCUGGCGACUCCAUCAGUCCGAUCGUCGCAAGGUAGCAGUAGCCCAUUGCCUGCAGAGACCCUAGAGUACUUUAGCGAAACGGCGGCCAGGAUGGGAACCAGCGCUGCUUCAGGUCUGGUGAUACAGUCUCCAGAUGGCAGACCGGCAGCUCUGUACUUUGAUCCCAAUCUGAGCGGCAGCGGCAGCAUACGAGGCUCGCAGGGGCGCCGAGCUGGUAGCGUGAGCGGGCCAUCUUCCAACCGUUCGUUCGGAUCCCGUAUAUCAGAUACGCCGAACCUUCUCGCUAGCGCGAGACGGCAAUCGGAAGAGCGGCACAGCUACCAUCAUCCAUCUAUUGCUGAUGUAAUGGCUGGAAAGAAAGAGACAAAUGACGACACCGAUGGCAUCGUGUCGGCCGACCAAUCGAGAAGGAAUAGCGAUCAAUCUGUUUCCUCCUUUGCAAGCAGAUUGACGACGUUCGGAGACGCACCUCCUGGAACUCUCUUCGCUCCUCAAGUUGGCAUCGAUUACGUCUUGUCCUCCGGAAAGCCGCCUGUUGCUACGCCCAUAGCUUCUCAGCCUGCCGUCAAUGAGGGUGAGGACCCUUUGAUGCCUAUUGUGUCUUCGCCACCGAAUGUUACUGGAGAUGCACCGGGCUCAGAGAAGUCGGACAAUCAGCCUGCGGCGGAACAGAAGGCUACCCUUCCGAGUCGGACCACGCUACCAGCCACUUCUACGAAGAAGGCGCCGAGCGCUCGGUCAAGCGCUCUGGGCAGCAAGAAAGCGAGUCCUGUGGUUCCCACUGCCUCGUUAGAUGCGGGUCCCGUUGUACCACCCCGAGCGCAAGAGGCGAGCCAAGGCGAGACGGCGGGCGAAGCAGACGGAGCGGUGCGAGGCGUUCACCCAUCAUUCGCUGCAUUGUCACCUGCUACAAAGCCCAGUGCUCAACCCCAGACCGGUCUGCUGAUUGGAGCCGGCUUCGCGCCGAGUGGCAGAAGGGGCGGUGGUCCGAAGAAGACGCAAGUGAGAGAGAAGGUCCUUCCUCCUAUUCAAGUAUUGAUCGUCGAAGACAACCCUAUCAACCAGAAGAUUUUGAAGCAAUUCAUGACGCGAAAGAAGAUCAAAUUCGACACGGCCGUCAAUGGGCGAGAGGCAGUCGACAAGUGGGCUACGGGUGGUUUCCACUUGAUCCUGAUGGAUAUUCAACUCCCUGUCAUGGACGGUAUUGAGGCUACGAAGGAGAUUCGCAAGCAGGAGCUGAUGGCCAAUGUCGGUCAGCUCCCGGCGACGCCACCUGUGCACACGGCUGGCUUCGUGCCAGGCUACGUCAAUGGACUUGUCGACAUGCCUGCACCCUCUUCUGCAGCAGUGCCGCCCACUCCGCUGAUUCCAUCGGGGUCUUCAGUACCUCAAACGCCCUUUAGAGCUUCGGUCAUCAUCGUGGCCUUGACUGCCAGUGUGCUCAACAGUGAUCGAGUGGCGGCAUUGGCGGCUGGGUGCAACGACUUCCUCAACAAGCCCGUCUCGCUGCCCUGGCUGGAGAAGAAGAUCAUUGAGUGGGGCUCAAUGCAGUACAUUCUCCUCUCGGGCGCAGGCGUCUUCGAUGCGGAACGUAGAGCCCAACGCUCCCUAUUUCGAGGUCAAGGAGCAGCAGCGGCCGCCGCCAGUAGUUCUGACGUCCGUCGAGGCUUCGGCAGCAAUCCAGAUGCCCAGGCCAAGCUUCUGGCCAGCAAACUCUACUUGCCCACCCCGAAGAAGAGGCGGCCGGGUCUGCCUCCUUCUCCCCGGUCUGCUGCCAAGGUACAAGUGCUGAGUACUGCAGCUGGGGAGAGGCCCGCCAGUACUGAUAGCCCUGGUAACAAGAUUGCAGGAGGGGGGAACAUUCAGGUUGGCAGGGCCUUCAAUGGGAUGAGGGACGAGUCUGAUGGCGACGACAAUGAGGCCAGCACAGAGGCUGAUAAGGUAAAAGGAGGGGCGGACCUAGAGAGUGCCCAGGUCACAGACGAAGAAGCUGCAAAGACGAAAGGGACCGACGAAGACGCCGGCGAGGCAAAGAGCAAGGCAUGAAGAUGAUGCAGAGUGGUUCCGGCUCAAUUGCUGCUAUCGAAAAAGGCUAAGGAAGAGAUUGGCCAAGUCACCUCGUCGACCUCUCGUUCGGGAGAGGUCCAGCUUGCAU